AUGUCUCAAUACUUUCGCCCCAACGAGCACCCCACCGGGCACACCUCCCUCCCUAACACCACCACCACCUCCACCACCGAACCCACCACCACAACCACAUCCCCCGACCAACCCUCCACCCGCACCAUCACCACCCCCUACUCCACCCUCGACCAAACCACCACCCUCCCCACAACCUCUGCUCCAGCCGAGACCUCAGCCCCAGAGACAGUUUCCGGGCUGGACCAGGCACACGUUAAGCGGCCUAAGCUCACCAGUGAGGAGGAUGAGGAGGGGGCGGAGCUGGAGGGAGGAAAACAGAAAGAUGGCAGACAUGAGGGGGGGAAAUUGGGGGAAAAGAUCGAGGGACGGAUUUGGGGGGCGGUGGGAGGGGUGUUUGAUGAUUUGAAGGGGGCUGUUGGGCAGGGGGGGGAGAAGGAGGGUGAGGAGGGGAAGGAGGGGAAGAAGGGGUUGGGGUUGCUGUGGAGUUCUUAG